AUGCCGAUACCAGUCUCCGGCGAUGAGGACAUCGCGGUACUUGUCGUAGACGACGAGGCGGUGAUUCGCAGAUCGCUCCGCCGCCGAUUGCGGUACGAGGGUUGGCGGGUCUUCGAAGCCGCUUCGGGCCCCGACGCGCUCGCCGCGCUGGAGCGCGAGCCGUGCGAUCUCGUGGUUUUGGACAUCAAGAUGCCCGGGAUGGACGGGAUGGAAGUCCUCCGGCGCAUUCGCGCCGAGAAACCAUCGGUGGCGGUCGUCAUGCACACCGGUCACGGCGACAUCGAGACCGCGGUGCGGGCGAUUCAGGAAGGCGCCGCCCACUUCCUCGAAAAGGGCGGGGGCGGAGACAUCGGCGCCUGUCUUCGCAUGGCGAUCGACAAGACGCGGACGCUGGAGAGGAAGCGGCUUGAAGGCGAGAAUCGCCGCCUGGCCGCCGAGGUGGACAUGCACCGCAGCCGGGAGGGAGAACACCGGCAACUCGUGGGCAAGUCUCCGGCCAUUGCGGCAGUGCGCGAGCGCAUCGAGCGCGUUGCACCGAGCGAUGUGCGGGUGCUUAUCACCGGCGAGUCCGGCACCGGCAAGGAAGUGGCGGCGCGGCUCCUCCACGACCGCAGUGGCCGCGCCGGUGGACCUUUUGUCGAAGUCAACUGCGCGGCAAUCCCCGAGGAACUCAUCGAAAGCGAACUGUUCGGAGCUGAGCGGGGGUCCUACACGGGUGCGCACCGGCAGAUGGUGGGCAAAUUCGAGCAAGCCCAUGGGGGCACGCUGUUCCUCGACGAAGUCGGGGAUAUGAGCGCUCGGACCCAGGCCAAGGUGCUGCGGGCCCUCGAGGAAAAUCGGAUUACCCGGGUCGGGGGUUCAAAAUCCGUGGAAGUGGAUGUCCGCGUUCUGUCCGCGACGAAUCAGGACCUUGAGAAGGAGGGUUUCCGCAGCGAUCUGCUCCACCGUCUGAACGUGAUUCCCAUUCGGAUGCCUCCCCUCCGGGGCCGCCCGGAGGACGUUCCGCUGCUCGUUACGCACUUCCUGAAACAGUUCGAGGCGAGCGGGCAGCGUCCGCGCCCGUUCACCGAUGGCGCUCUCGACCUCCUCGCUACCCAGUCGUUCCCGGGGAACGUCCGGGAGCUCCGGAAUCUCGUGGAACGCCUCCUGAUCCUGAGCCCGGGAGAUGAGAUCGGCGAGGAGGACGUGCGCGAGCACCUUUCGGGGAUCUUGCCGUCCGAGGACUCGGGAGGACUCGCCGAGUAUCUGGCAACCAAGGAACGAGCGCCGGUCUCCGACCGGCAUCGCUCCCCACCGGGGAGCGAAACCCGGGCGGGGCCGUUCCCGGGCAAUAGCGCUGCAUUCGUUCCGGCCGGGGUUUCCGGUCUCGCCCCGUCUCCGGACCAUGCGACCGACGUGAACCUCAUCACCGGCGGUGCCGGUUUCAUCGGCUCGGCGCUGGCCGACCGUCUUGCGGGAGCCGGCGAGCGGGUUCGGAUUCUCGAUGAUUUUUCGACGGGCCGGCGCGAACGCGUCUCCGGGAACCCCCUGAUCGAGGUGUGCGAAGGGGACAUCCGGAGUCCUGCCGCAGUCCGGGCCGCUCUCUGUGGGGUGGACAGGGUCGCUCACCUGGCGGCCCUCGCCUCGGUACCCCGCGCGGAGCUGGACCCGGAGACUGCGGCUCGGGUGAACGUCGAGGGAACCCUCGUAGUGCUCGGCGAGUCCCGGCGGGCGGGCGUCUCCGCUCUCGUGUAUGCGUCGUCCUGCUCCGUGUACGGCGACGCCGGCGAGCGCCCGAUUGCGGAAUCCGUCCCCUUGAGGCCCCUUUCCGUGUACGCGGUGACCAAACUGGCCGGGGAGCGGCACGUCCUCCUGUAUCACCGCACCGGGGGACCGCCGGCCAUCGCCCUGCGUUUUUUCAAUGUGUACGGGCCGGGCCAGCCCGCCGACUCUCCCUAUUCCGGCGUUCUCGCCCGGUUUACGGCUCAGGCGACCCGCGGCGAGCGGCCCGAGAUUCAUGGCGAUGGCGGGCAGACCCGGGAUUUCGUGUUCGUGGGCGACGUGGUGGACGCGUUGAUUCUCGCCCUCCGAAGAGCCUCGCAGGAGCCCGGGGGACAGGCAUUCAAACGUGGGAACCGGGCGUGGUGUCUCGGUCGGGGAGAUCUGGCGGCUGGUUGCGAAAGCCGCCGGAGUGAUGUUGACGCCCACCUUCGCGGCGUCGCGCACCGGCGAUAUGCGCCAUGCCUCGGCCGACACCAGCAGCGCUGUGGAACGCCUCGGUUUCAGAGCGCGGGUCCCGCUGGAUGA